AUGGCUGCUGAUGCGGCUACCGUCAUGGCGUAUGACGCUGCACACGCCUCGGUGUUUGCAUUGGCGACAUGGGCUAGUGAGCGGCUCGCCACGGUUGCGACGAUGGACCCGGAUUCGUACAGCAUUAUGCGCGGCACAAUGGACAGUGUCAUCGCUGCUUUGCACGGAGUCGUCGACACGCAGGUCGGCCAAAUGGCGUGGGGCUGGACAAGCGCGGUUGUGUUGGGUGUGCAGCAGCUCAUUACAACGCUUCGCACGACGGCCCCGGGCGCUGAAUCCACCAUUGACGCUAUGCUAGCGGCGCAGCAGGCAAUGCGAGAAACACUGCUGGCUGGCCCGACGCCUGCCGGCAACAGCAACGCUGCGACGCAGGUGGCCAUGUUCGCGUUGGUCCUUCUCGUGGCCGCUAUCCCGCGGGGCAGCCCUGCGGCACGGGCGCCCAGCAGCGUCCCUGCGGCGCAGGGCGACUCGGCGUUUGGCAUCCCGUCCGCGCCCUCGCAGGGCCUGCUGGGGACCAGCACAUCCAGCCGCAAUUUUGACGCGUCCGUGGCGGAUGGUCUACCGCUUCGCUACGACCCCAAAGGCCUGGAUGACUACUUCGGGCAGCGGCCGCUGGUGGUGCUCAGGCGAAAUGCGCAAGUCUUUUCAAAAAUUGGCGGAUUUGCCGUCAACGUCUUGAUCGACUGGCAGAUGGGCGUCUUCGAGACCAACAUGGGAUUGCGCGCUAAGGAAGCUGGCCGGAUUAUUGAGGACUUGGGACCAGCGUACAUUAAGAUUGCCCAGCAGUUGUCUACGCGUGUUGACCUGGUGCCGCCCCCGUACCUCGAGGAGUUCAAGCGGCUGCAGGAUAAUGUGCGCACCUUCAGCACCAUCGAGGCCCGCGACGUGCUGGAGUCCGGCCUCGGCUACUCCGUGGACCGGGUCUUCGAGUGGCUGUCUGCGGAGCCGCUGGCGGCCGCCAGCCUUGGACAGGUGUAUCGCGGCAAGCUGCGCCCAGAGCACGGCGGCGCGGAGGUGGCGGUCAAGGUGCAGCGGCCGGCGGUGCUAGAGACCGUGGCGCUGGACAUUUACAUAAUGCGCCGCGCCGCGAUCCUCGUAUCCACACUGCCGGGGAUGUCGGACCAGUGGGCUGUGGUGCUUGACGAUUGGGCUUCACGGUUCUUUGAGGAGAUGGACUACCAGCUGGAGGCCUACAACACCAUGACGUUUAAGAAGCAAAUGGCCUCGCUUCAGGGUAUUACCGUCGCCACAGUGUAUCCGGAAUUCACCUCGCGCAAGGUCAUUGUCACAGAGUGGAUUGAGGGAGAGAAGCUGAACCAUUCGAAGGCCGAGGACGUACGGGCGCUGUGUUCCACGUUGCUCAACUGUUACCUCAUCCAGCUCUUGGAGACGGGCUUGCUGCACGCGGAUCCGCAUCCCGGCAACCUGUUGCGAACCGCGGAUGGAAAGAUCGUCAUUCUGGACUUUGGCCUCAUGACGGAGGUGACGGAGGAUCAGCGCAUCGCUCUUAUUGAGUUCAUUGCGCACCUGACCAUGGAGGACUGGAAAGGCGUGUCCAAGGACCUGCUCGCGCUAGGGUUUAUGCCGGAUGGCAUGCCGGACAACGCGGAAAACCUCAUCGCGCCCGUGCUGGAGCAGGUGAUGGGCCAAAUUGUUAGGGGCGGUGGCCUGCGAGGUUUCAACAUUGGCUCCAUGACAAGCCAGCUGCAAGGCGUGGCCAUGAGCUACAAGAUGUGCAUCCCGCCCUACUUUGGUCUGGUCCUCCGUGCCUUUUGCGUGAUCGAGGGCAUUGCGCUCAAGACGGACGAGAACUACGCCAUUGUCCAGGAGUGUCUGCCUUACCUCUCUCGCCGGCUGCUGACCGACAACAACCCGCGUAUGCGGAAGGCGCUGCGCCAGCUGCUGUACGGCAAGAAGAACCGCAUCGACAUUGAGCGACUGUCCAAGCUCAUCUCAGCGUUUGGUGCCUUCACGACCAACUCAGCGACAGCCCAGGCCGCCGGCCCCACGUUUGGUGCGGCUGCGGAGCGGGCCUAUGCGGAGCGCAUCAAAGGCCAGCUCAACGGCGUUGCCGCCUCCAAUGGUCCGGUCGUCAACGAGGCCACGCGCGAGGUGCUCAAGGUCGUGUUUGCCAAGGACGGCAGCUACGCCCAGGAGUUGAUUGUGGAGGAGAUGGUGGCAGCGGUGGACGCAAUGAGCCGCGAGGCGCUGGGCGAGGCGCUGCGACUGGUGCUCAGUUCGGCGGGCGCGGUGACGGCGCUGCGCUCCGUGGAGGCGUUGGGACCUCUGAGGUCGAUGCUGAUGCCGCUUCCGCUUCCACUGGAGAUGCUUUCGGCGAUGGCGCCCUCGGUAACGCUAACGCCGGAGGACCGCCAGGCGUUGGCUAUGGUUCGCACACUGCUGGACCUGUUGCAGCCAUCGAUUGCGCGUUUGCCCGAUGUGGCUGCUACAGGCGGUCGCGCCAUCCGCGCCGCCGGCGAGCUGAUGCCCAUGGUUCCGGAGCUGCUACCCGGCAUGCGCUCUACCCUGGAGCUGUUUAUCAGGCAGCUUGUCCGCCGCAUGGCGCUUCGGCUGGCGGAGGAUUUGGAAAAGUCAUCCCCUAGCGGCGGCAGCAGCAGCUACAGCGGCAACGGCGUGGGCCAGCAGCAGCAAUAA